AUGACUGCUGAAACUGAGGUUAAAGAUGCUCCAGAGGCCACUGUUAAUGCUCCUGCAACAGAGGUGGAAAAAGAGGCUCCUAAGGAACCUUCUUUGCCUAAACAAACGAAAUGUGUCAUACUAACAGGAUUUGGAGGGCCCAAAUACUUCCGCGUUCAACAAAAGGACCAGAAAACUGUUGGAAAGGGUGAAGUUGCAAUUGACGUGGAAGCCUGGUAA